AUGUUUGCCGCUUACGUUGGAUAUCUUUGGGGCGAUGAAGCAGCAGUUCUAACGCAGAUAUUUGAAGAGCACCCAGACUUCCACCGCGACAUUCAGAGAUUCCUAGAAAUGGACUUCCAUGCGACCAAAACACCUAUUGCCGCGAGUACAUUAUGCAAGAGAGACUCAGAAGAGUCCUGGGAGCUAACCGGAGGAGGAAAAAGGAGAGGGUGUAUUUAUUAA